CCACAAAGCCCUGGUCUGUGAUCUAGCCACAGUAGACCAGUAGCCAAUGCUCUAUGUAGAAAACAGCCAUCCGACAUGGGUUGUGGUCGGAAGAGUGCAAGUGUUCAACGUACUGAACGUUGCAGAUAGAAAUGCAAUGAAUAGAGUUAACAGUCAAUGUUGUACCCUACUGAAUGCUACAGUGGCCUGUGGGGUUCAACUUGCCAGGUAAAAAAAAAUAUGUUAAAGUUAAUUCAUUGCACACUGUCUAAUCACUGGGAGUUAGCUGGCAGAAUGAUAGGUCAAAGAUACCGCUGGUGCACUGAACAAGACCUGUAAUGAUAAAUAGUAGUGUUACAAGUGCCACAUUGUAUAAAAGUUGAUAAAUGACUGGGUAAAUAACAUUUGAAAUGCAUGACAUUGGUUUCUUAAUAAGAAUAAGCUGACAGUUAAAGUUAUGUUUAAAUUACAGGUACAUCUCACUGAUUUAACAUGGAAAACGUGUUUUAUAAGCUUUUUUACCCUCUUUGUAAUGUGAACUAGAUUCAGUUGUGAUGUACCUGAAUAUUGUUUUCUUCGCAAGUGUGUUAAAUCUUUACAUUAAAUGUGUGCUGCUAAUUUGGCAUGCAAGUCUUAUAUGUUGUUUAGUUGUCAACUCAUUUGCCUUAAUAGCAGCAAACAAGUGAUGUGGACAAUAUCAUCAUCAUGAACCAUGGGAUCACAGUUUUGGGACUGCAGAUUUUACCUCCCUCUAGGAAUUGCUAAACUACAGCUCGCCCCAUGGUUCAACUGUGCAACUGCACUCUGCCUGUACACAACACACCCACAUUUUGCACACUGCUUUCAUAACCUUUGACCAAGGGAAAGAGUUUGUCUGCCAUGAAGAGGGUGCUUGUGACCAUCUGCAUUGCUGCUUUGGCAGCUCUUUUUGGGCAAAGACUUCUUAAAUUGAGGUAGGCUGCAUAGUUGCUUAACAUGUUAACAUUAUAGGGCAUGUGUAUCUUCUUUGGAAUGUCUUCUUCGGAAUCAUGCUACACAUUGUUACAUUUCCCUGAUCAGAGUUUAGAAUAUUGACCUGAUUGAAGCUAUCAACAGAGGCCUCAGACAUUAAAAGUGAGAUUUGAAAAACAGGCUUUUAGCGACUUUGAAGUUAACUGCUUUAGGUGAAUUGAGCAGUUGUGUGAGAGUGUCAAACACUUAAUUAAGAGUGAUCUGUGUUGCUUUUGCUUUCACUUCAAAGUAAUAUUUACCGGCUUCAAUUUGCAGUGAAAUAGCCCUUGCCAACAGAGAAGUGCCUGUUAAACGCCUCCCCAACUGUCACCUGUUAAAGAAUAUAGGUAUGUCUGAACCAGUCCAUUAAAUUGUAAUAAUACAUUGACAUUAUAACAGUUAAUUCUUUAAUUAAUACAUAUAGUAUAGUUCUUCUGUGUUGCACAGUGGUCUAAGGUAGCUGUGCCACUAGUUCGAAUCCAGGCUCUAUCGUAGCCGGCCGCGACGGGGAGACCCAUGCGGCGGCGCACAAUUGGCCCAGCGUCGUCCAGGGUAGGGGAGGGAUUUAGCUCAGUUGGUAGAGCAUGGCGUUUGCAACGCCAGGGUUGUGGGUUCGAUUCCCACGGGGGUCCAGUAUGAAAAAAUAAAAAAAUAAUGUAUGCACUCACUAACUGUAAGUCGCUCUGGAUAAGAGCGUCUGCUAAAUGACUAAAAUGUAAAUGUAGAUAGAUACCAAUGUAAUGUUGAAGUAGCCUGUUAUACUUAAAAUAAUAAGUAAUCUCAGUCUAUGUGAUGAGAUCAGGCUGUAUAUCCGCUACUUGGUCAAAUGUCAGGGUUGAAGUCCAUUAGACUAAUAGGCCAAGUAUCAACGUGUCACAGCAUGCUUUGUUUGGUGUCAUGAUGAUGUUAUAUUCAAUGAAGACCUGUGGCCUAUGGGAUUUUUAAAAAACACAUUGAUAUAGGCUAUUGCUAAUGGUAUGUGGACAAUCCUAUUUGUACAGACUAUGGAGCAGAGGACUUCACCAUACUUAGAGAUGGACUGGCCAUCAUAAGCACCGUAAGUAAUAUCCAUUAUCAUGAUGAGACUUAUUUGACUAAAUCAGUGCGAUCCUUCAUGGCAAGCGUAUUCUGGUAAUGCACAUUGAAUAAUGAAAACAUAGUCCUCAAUCCAUAAUAUUACAUUUUUAACAUACCUCCCUCACACCUAGGAUAAAAUUAACUAUUUUUACAGAAUAAAACGGCUGUUUUUAACAAUACAAUAAAUACACCCUGAGUGUUUCCUAAAUGGCACCCUAUUCCCUUCAUAGUGCACUACUCUGGUCAAAAGUAGUUCACUAUAUAGGGAAUAGGGUGCCAUUUAGGACUUAGCCCUGUCACUCAUGUCAAAUCAUUACCGCCCACACAGGGCUUGAAGUAUCCUGGACUGCCCUCCUUCUCUGAUGACCCAGGGAAGAUCUAUACCCUGGACCUGCUGGACCCCAGACUGACCCCUGUGGAGCUGACAAUCAAAGGAGACCUGGACCGGGACUCUUUCAACCCCCAUGGAAUCAGUAUCUACAUUGACGAGACAGGUAAAGUAUGGGAGAUUUAGCUCUCACACAUGAAAUGAGUUUGUUUCAAAAACGUGGCACAGGGUGUAGUACAGUACAGUAUAUAGCAAAACAUGUGCCAGCAAUUAUUCUAGGUACUCAAGUCAGAAGUCGCAGCAAAUCCCUCCAUUCCAGACCAGAUUAUCCCAAAUUAGGAACACCCCAUCAGAACACUGCCUAAGGAAUUAUGAACAAUACUGUGUGAGUGUGUCCCUUCCCUGUCAAGCAAUAGAGAGCCUUAGACACGACAGGGGAGAGUAGAGAGCAUAUUUCUCACUGCUGGACUCCCAUCUCCUUCCAGAUAAAACCAUCCAUCUGUUUGUUGUCAAUCACCCUCAACAUUACACGAGCCAGGUAGAGAUCUUUCUAUUUGUCGAAGAGGACAACACCAUUGUGCACCUGAAAACUAUAAAGCAUGAUCUCCUUCAUAGGUAGGUGUGAGAUUUUUACAUUUACAUGAUGUGGAUUAACCACAUUGGCGAUGUACUGUACAGUAUGACCAGUGAGAGUUCCACAGUGGUUUGUUUCUGCUUGGCUAACUCUGUAUGUUUUUGCCUUUCCUUUCUCAGUGUGAAUGACAUUGUGGCUGUGGGAGUGGAGAGCUUCUAUGCCACCAACGAUCACUCCUAUCCCAGUGAAGUGCUCCACAUGCUGGCUGUCUUCCUGGGUCUACCCUGGGCCGAUGUAGUUUACUACAGCCCUGAAGGAGUGAAGGCAGUGGGCGAUGGCUUCCUAUCUGCAAACGGCAUCAACAUGUCGCCCGACAAAAGGUUCCUUCUUUGUUUCCACAAUGGAAAAUGUAACCGUUUAAAAUGUACAAAUCUGUUGUCCUCUUUGGAAGUGUGUUAUGCAGUAAAACAAUACAUGUGGGUUUUUUUCAGGUAUUUAUACGUGUCCGCUAUUAUGGACCAUGAGAUUGCUGUUUUUGAGAUAACCAAAAGCAAAGACUUGGUACAUGUCAAGGUGAAACUUUUUCAAUACAUAAAAUAUGAAUGCAUAAUUCUUUACAGGCACAAUAUUAUAUUUUGUAUUGUUUAUAGAGAUAGUCCAACCACUGUAUUACAAUCAGUUAUCACAUUCCUAAUGAAAUCUGUCUCCAACCAGUCUGUAGCCGUUGGGUCUCUUUGUGACAACAUCGAGGUGGACCAUGUGACAGGUGACAUAUGGCUGGGUUGUCACCCUAAUGGAGCAAAGUUAACAGCAUGUGACCCUAAGGAUCCACCUGGAUCGGAGGUUAGUACGUCAUUUUCCAUGUCUAGUUCUACUAUUUUAUAGGUGUAAAUUCACUCUGAUCUCACUCAGUCCCAAAUGGCAACCUAUUCCCUAUAUAUAGUACACUGCCUAUGGGCCUUGGGCAUUUGGGACACAGACCAUGUAUCAUUACGAAAAGCUUUAAUUGGUAUUCUUUAUCAUAUUAUUUUUUUAUAUAGGUCAUUAGGAUUCAGGACAUCCACUCUGAGAAGCCAGUGGUGACCCAGGUGUAUGCUGAUGACGGGAGUGUGCUCAUAGGAUCCUCUGUAGCAGCUCCCUAUGAAGGAAAGCUUCUCAUAGGAACAGUCUACCACAAAGCCCUGGUCUGUGAUCUGAAGUAG